AUGCUCGCGACGCUCCCGCGCGUCUCCGCGCGCCCUCGCGUCGGCUCGAACCCCUCCGCGACGUCGCGCGCGCGCGUGACCGCCGCGCGCGCGUCGUCGUCGUCGUCGUCGCGUCGGCGCGUCGGGGACGUCGACGUCGUCGACGGAAGACGUCUCGUAGAUUCCGACGCCGCGUCAUCACCACCAUCGCGCGUCGUCUCCUCCGUCCUCGGCGCCGUCGCGAGCGCGUCGCUCGCGCUCGCGCUGUCCGCGUGCCCGGGGCCCGCGCUCGCGGAGGCGGGCCAAAAGCCCCCGCCCGUGCGAGACAUGCCCGGCGGGUGCACGAUCGAGGCGCUCGACCUGUUCAAGGACACGAGGGCGAAGUUUAGCCUCGAGGUGGGCACGGGCGCGCUCCCGGAGGCCAUCUUAGACCUCGGCGGGUGCGACUACUCCGGCGCGGACUUGGACGGGAAAGUGUUGAGCGGCGCGAUCAUGUCCGGCGCGAACUUCGAGGGCGCGAUUUUCACCGGCGGGGAGGCGAGCCGCGCGAAAGCGGUCGGGACCAACUUCCGCGGGAGCGUGCUUCGAGGAACCAACUUCUACGAGAUGUCCUUCGCGGGAGCCGACCUCCGAGGCGCGGACUUCGACAACGCCAUCUUGACGAACGCGCGCUUCGGGAGGGACGGCGGCGGGAACUGGGCGCAGCUCGACGGCGUGAACUGGGAGGGCGCGCUCUUGAGCUCGAGCGACGCGCAGCGCGCGUGCGAGAACCCGACCGUGGACGACUACGGACGCGCCAUCCUCGGCUGUCGAUGA